AUGGGAGACUCACACUCUACCGAUAUACAAGAUCAAUCCAUCGCUCAGGAUUCGUGUCCUGCGAACGACGAGCCUUCGAACAAUACAGGUAGUCAAGGAAUCACAACUUGCUAUUCCCCAGAUGCUUACAGGGAUACUCCAGAAGGAUACGAAUAUCUCAAUUCUGCUAGAUCAGAGGGAGGUUUCACUCAUUAUUAUUCUGGACCGUAUGGGACCACUGAGACUUCCGAAGCCGGAACGAACCCUCGAUCAUAA